CUAGUAAGUUCAGAUUUCUUUUUCAUUGCAGCAGUGUGAGACUGAAAGGUUAUGUCUUCACGGCUUCACAACAUGACUACCUUUGUUCCUCGUCUGUGUCUUUAUGUGCUGGGGGUAACUGUGAUGGUAGGACUGGUGGCACGUUGUGAUUUAAAUCGGUCUCAUUUUGGAGCUUAUUUACAUGGGGACAUUGUCUUUGGAAUUCUGGCAUCAGUUCAUUCUAAUAUAAAAGACCUUCAGGAUCGGACAUGUCCAGAAAUGUAUACUUGCAAAGACUUUGAUCUAAUACCAUUUGUGUCAUCUUUAGCUGCAAUUCACACAAUUGAAGAGAUCAAUAACUCUAGCUUUCUUCCUGGGAUUAAGCUUGGAUAUCUGAUAUGUGAUCCUUGUGCAUACGGGACCAAAGCUUUAGAGUGUGUGGAGCACAUGCUUGCUGUUGAUGGGUCACCUACAGUCCUCUCUGACUACUCAAACUUCACUUCACCCAUAAAAGCAUUCUUGGGUGAAAGAUACUCAGAACUGUCUAUUCCUGUGGCAAAACUACUCAGUCUCUACAUGAUCCCGCAGAUAAGUUCCACUUCUACUGCACCAGCACUGAGUGAUAAAUUACGCUAUGCAUCCUUCUUACGCGUUGUUCCAAGUGAUGUGUACCAGACUCAGGCACUGGUAAAGCUCAUGACACAUUACUCCUGGAACUGGGUUGGGGUGGUUACCCUUGAUGAUGAAUAUGGCAGAGCAGUCCUUGAGAACUUUUUGCAGGACGCACAAAAAGAACAGGUGUGCCUCCAGUUCCAUGAAGUGUUACCGAAUUACCUAGGUUUUCUAAACAUAGACGAGAAGAUAAAGAUGGUAGCUGAUCGUAUCGAAUCCUCAAAUGCCACAGCUGUUCUGCUUAUUCUAAGACCAGAACUUGUGCAGAUGCUCUUUAAGGAGAUGAUUAAGAGAAACAUUAGGCGGGUCUGGAUAGCUGGUGAUGCCUGGUCUACAACACACUUCUUAAUGAAGAUGACAGACAUUAACAAAGUGGGAGACAUAUUUGGUUUUACCUUUGUCACUGGGUACAUUCCUGGUUUUGAAGGCUACCUGCGGAACCUUAGACCAAGUCCAGGAGCAAGGAAUGAUUUCAUCAGUGAGUACAAACAAAUGUCAUCCAACUGCACCCAGAGUCAGCAAUCAAAGAACUCAUUUCUUUUGGAUUGCAAUGAGAUGGAUCUUCACAAUGUGGAUCUGACAGAGACUUAUGGUCAGAGAGUGGCAGUCUAUGCCAUUGCUCAUGCCAUCAAGAAACUUUUAAAAUGUGACAGCACUUCCUGUACUGAAGACACUAACUUCCUGCCUUGGAAGCUUAUAAGCAUUCUUCGUCAGAUGCGCUUCACCUUGGACAACGAGACAUAUUUCUUUAAUAAGGAUGGUGAUUUUGAAAACGGUUAUGAUCUCAUCACGUGGAAGAAGGAUGGUGAUAAAAGAGUACUUGAUGUGGUGGGAAAAUUCCUUAUAAGCAGUAACAACAUUGAUGUCUAUGAGGACAAAAUCUCAUGGUUUAACAACACGGUUCCUGAGUCCAGGUGUUCAAAGCGUUGUCCACCUGGCACAUACAAGCACAUAUUAAAUAUAACAUGCUGCUAUACCUGUACCGACUGUAGUGCUGGAUAUUAUUCUGACCAGGAGGAUCAACCAACCUGUACCAAGUGUAUAAAUGGAACUUCUCCUCCUAAUUCAGCGAAAUGUGUGGAAUGGAAGCUCGGGAUUUUGGAGUGGUCUGCAGCGCAUUCUAUUGUGGUGAUGAUUGGAACAGUAAUAGGCAUACUACUGUUAGUGUUCUCAAUUAUACUAUUCAUUAUAUACAGAAACCAUGAAACAGUAAAGAUCAACUUCAUUCUGUUAUGCAUCAUGGCAGUAGGUCUGAUUGUAAGUUUUGGAAGUGUAAUAGCUUUUUUAGGCAAUCCAAGCUCCCAUCAGUGCAUGGUACAACAGGCCAUGUAUGGUCUUGGAUUCACUCUCACUGUAUCAUGCAUUCUGGUUAAGGCCUUUGGCUCAUUCUUAGUCUUCAUGUCCUAUGACCCAAAUAGACAGCUUUUCUUAAGCAAGUUUAAUAGGGCUUUUGUCAACAUAGGCCUCCUUACUGGUGUUCAAGUCCUGAUUUGCCUCUUCUGGUUUAUAUUUGAUCCUCUCAAAGUUGAUGAAUACGCAACAGACCAUAUUACCAUGAUCCGUCUGUGCACUCAAGGGUCUACAUUUGUUGGCUUUGCCAUGAUGCAUAUAUACAUUGCUGUUCUAGCUAUACUUUGUUUCUUUUUGGCCUUCAAAGUGAGAACAAGAGAGACUGAGCCUACAGUCUUCAGCAUGCUCUUUCAUUUGUUUGCCUGGCUUUGUGCUAUUCCACUCUUUGUCACACUAAAGGAACAACGACCCACUAUCCAGCUCUCUGCCAUUAUGGUCUCCAACUACGGAGUCAUGCUCUGCCACUUCACUCCAAGAUGGUACAGGAUAUUAUCUGAAAAUACAUUGAAGCGAACUAAAUCCCAACAAGUGUCUUUAUGUACCAAAGGGGAAUUACAAGAGUCUUCAUCAACAUACACCGAUCAGUAAUAGCAUUAAAACCACCUGCCUAAAAUUGUUUAGGUCCCCCUUGUGCUGCCAAAGCAGCUCUGACCCAUCGAGGCAUGGGCUCCGCAAGACCUUUGAAGGUGUGCUGUGGUAUCUGACACCAAGACGUUAGCGGCUGAUCUUUUAAGUCUUGUAAGGUGAGGCCUCCAUGGAUCAGACUUGUUUGUCCAGCACAUCCCACAGAUCCUCAAUCAGAUUGAGAUCUUUGGAAUGCAUUUUACUUAAUAUUGUUUUCUUAACAAUAAAUUAGUGACACAAGUCAUGUAAUUUUAUUGACAUCAGUAACUAAUCAAAUUACAUAAAUUUAAAAUGUAAUGUGUUACUUUACUGCGUUAUCAGAGAAAGUCAUUGGAAUACAGUAACACGGUACACCAACUCUGGAAAUUAUUAAGAACACUAAUCUACCAUUAAAUAACUGCGGGACUCUGGAUAUAACAGGAUCCUCAAGUACUCGGCCUACAUUCAGACAGGGCGGUAUCCCUGGAAAUAAUGCCGGUGUAUGUCGCUUAUAUAUGCGCUCGGCAUGGAGCCAGUUUCACAGUAACAAUAUUAUAUUCAUAAGGAGUAUAUUCUUUUUAUAUAAUAAUAAUAAUAAUAUUCCAAAGAAGUAAAUGAUCUUAAAACAGAAUAUAUUUCUCAAGGCACACUAAUUGUAUAUCUAGUUCCACUAACAGGGGUAACGGGUAUUUUCAUGCUUGUAGAUAGUAUUAUUAACAAAGUGUGACUUAUAAAAUCAAUACAGUAGUAGUUGCAGGUCACAAAAACAAUGUUUAUCAAAAGUCAUAUCAUUGCAGGAUUUUAACUGUAUUGAAUAUCUUUGGUCUGAAUUGAAAAGCACAAACAUAAUAUGUAACGCCUCUUGAAAUGCUGUGCAUAGAGGACAAAAUCUAAGAUCCUUCAUCAACCUUAUUAAACAGUAUAGGAAGAGAUAUUUAAAAUAACAGUAUACAGCAUUUCAUUGUACUUAAAUGUCACAGUAUGAGUAAUUACUCUUUUUUUUGUAUUAUAUUUUCCAUGAAGGGUGCUAAUAAUUGUGUGGUGUUUUUCAUUUACAUGAAGUGCAGUAAAUCUGAAAACAGUGUUUGCCUUUAUUGUAUGAAACAGUUAUUGCAUAAUUAAAGUUUUUGGAUAUUAUUGAAAAUCUUUUUUUCUGUGCUGAAACAUGUUCAUUAUUUGUACACAUGUCGCAUAAAUACAGUAAACAGUUUAAAAUAUUUUCUUUUAUAUGCCACAAUCAAGUCUCAGGGAUCACAUUUUUCCCCCAUUCUGAUGUUUGAUGUCAACAUUAAAUGAAGUUUUUAAGUUUUUAAC